AUGACUGAGAAAAGGCGUCGUUUGGCUAUUCUAACGUCCGGUGGUGACUGUGCCGGCAUGAAUGCGGCUGUAUGUGCCAUUGUUAAGCUGGCCAUUUUCAACAAAUGCGAAGCCUAUGUUGUUCGUGAGGGCUAUUCGGGCUUGGUGAAAGGCAAUGGUGAUUACGAUAUGAACCAGGAUGGAGGACAGAAGUGUGAACGCAUGGUCAACAAUGUACCUCUGUCUUAUGGCUGUGGUGAUAUGUUCCGUCUUGGUGAUGUGCAGGCCAGCGAAAGCGAGUACAGCGAGCGAUACAUCGUUAAGAUCGGCUGGGAUGAUGUCCGUGGAUGGGAAGGCAUGGGUGGUACACUGAUUGGCACGGCUCGUUGCAAAGAGUUCCGCGAACGUGAUGGCCGCCUUCGUGCUGUGUACAACCUUAUACACAACGGUAUUGAUUCGCUAGUGGUGAUUGGUGGUGACGGUAGUCUGACGGGCGCCGAUAUCCUUCGCCAAGAGUGGCCCAAUCUUGUGGACUCGCUGCAUUCCGAAGGUCGGAUCUCUGAUGAGCAGGCAAGGGAAUUUAGGCACCUACAUAUUGCUGGCCUUGUUGGAUCAAUUGACAAUGACCUCACAAGCACGGAGCUCACAAUUGGCGCCUCGACGGCCUUGCAGCGUAUUUCUGAAUCGCUCGACUCGAUUGAGAGCACAGCCUCAUCGCACAGCCGUGCGUUUGUGGUCGAAGUGAUGGGCCGUCAUUGUGGCUGGCUCGCUUUGAUGGCUGGUAUUGCCUCGGGUGCCGACUACAUCUUUAUUCCAGAGCGUCCGCCCCCUGAAGACUGGCGCUCGGAUAUGCGCGAGCUGCUGCUCAAGAGUCGUGCUAUGGGGAAGCGAAAGACCAUUGUGAUUGUUGCAGAAGGUGCGACUGAUCGUGAUCUUCAGCCCAUCAAAGCGGAUAUGAUUGCAGAAGUGCUUUCGAACGAUUUGCACUUGGAUACACGUGUCACAACACUUGGUCAUACCCAACGCGGUGGCCGUCCUGACGCGAACGACCGUAUUCUGGCUACAUUGCAAGGCAUCGAGGCUUUGAAAGCGAUCCUAGAGGACAACGAUACGAAGCCAUCGUACAUCAUUGGUAACAUUGGUGGUCGUGUAUGCCGUAUGCCGCUGCGGGAGUCGAUUGCCGAAAACCAGAAACUUGCAGAAGCAAUCUCUGAGCGUCGCUUCGAAGAUGCAAUGGCGUUGCGUGGUGCCGAUUUUCGUGAAGGCAUCAAGAGUUUCCUAUACAACUCGACGGUCGAUGCCAGUGUGAAUCCACGGACGCCAUCGGAAUUGCUGAAUAUUGGUAUUAUGCACAUGGGUGCACCAUCGGGAGGUAUUAACGCAGCGGCACGUACGGCGGUACGUUUCUGUUUGAACCGUGGUCACCGGCCAUUGUUGAUCCAGAAUGGUUUCCGUGGCUUGAUUAAGGGUGCGAUCCAUGAGGCACCCUGGCUGCGUGUGGAUACAUGGGCGACGUCUGGUGGCUCAGAGCUGGGUACGAACCGUAUUCUGCCAGAAGAGAACUACGAGGCUGUGGCCGAGCAGCUGGAGAAGCACAACAUUGAUGCCUUGUUGAUCAUCGGUGGCUUUGAAGCUUUCCUUGCUAUCAAGCAGCUUAGUGAGAAGCGUUCGGAGCAUGCCGCGUUUCGUAUUCCGAUGAUUGCAUUGCCAGCGACACUCUCGAACAACCUGCCAUUGAAUGAGUAUACGGUGGGUACGUACACGUCGCUGAACACCCUGGUCAGCACGUGUGAUAUGAUCACGCAGUCGGCCUCCGCAUCGCGCAACCGUGUAUUUGUCGUGGAAGUGCAAGGUGGACAGUGUGGCUUUGUGGCUGUGGUGGGCUCUCUGGCUGUGGCAGCGACGGUGGUGUACACGCCAGAAGAUGGUGUUGCGCUCGAUCGCCUCCACAAGGAUAUUGGCUUUAUGCGUCGCCGGUUCCAGGCGGAUCCAGAAGACGCCAACGACGGUCGUCUCGUGAUCUGCAACGAGCGUGCUUCGUCGGUGUAUACAGCGCAAACUCUGGCGCAUAUUUACGGCGAGGAAGGUCAUGCCAUCUUCGACAGUCGCUACGAGCGUCUGAGCCACAUCCUCCAGGGAGGUACGCCCUCGCCACUGGACCGUGUGUACGCCUCGCGCCUGGCUGUGCGCUGCUGUGAGUUCUUGGAAGAACAUGCAGGUGCAUCGGCUGCUUGGGACCCUCCUUCGGCUAUGAUCACCUUGCGUCUCGGUGAAAUCAACAUCCUACCCAUUUCCAAGAUCGUGGAGCACGCGGACUUUGAGAACCGCACAGGCAAGGAUAUUUGGUGGGCACCGCUGAAAGACUAUGUAGAGAUCAUUAGUGGACAGCCGAUUAUGUAG